CAUCGUUUCUUCUUCCUUUUUCUUUCUUUCUCUUCCUUCCCCAUCGUUUCUUCUUCGUUUUUCUUUCUCUCUCUCUUUCUCUUUCUACCUCCAUUCUUUCCCCCCUCUUAUUUCUUCCCAAACCCAUCUCUUAGAACCCUAGCCCCCAAAUUCACGGCAACAAGAAGGGCAAGUCGGCAACGAGGACAGCGACGAGUGCGGCUUCCAGGUAGUGCAGAUCCCUAAUUAUAGUCGGCACCCAAACUCAAACCCAGGAACAGAAGAUGGUGAGAGGGAGCGGAUCGCUGCUGAGAUGCGCCGGCGUGGGAAUAAGCACCACUCUUGUUGAGAUUCUUGUCUGCCCACUCUCCAAACAGCCCUUAAGGCUCUGCCGGAAGACCAAUGCUCUCAUCAGCGAUUCCAUCGGCGUUUCUUAUCCCAUCGACGAUGGGAUUCCUCUCCUUGUGCCCGCCGAUGCCAAGAUUAUCGAUGCUGGCGAUGUAAAAGAUUCAGAGGAGAGGGAUUCGACAGUUUAAAACCAACUCGACUGCAGCAGCAACAACACCCUUUCCCUCCACUAUAAUAUCCAGUCCUGGCUUCUCAAUCUUCCCUGAUAGAAGCUUAUCCAGCUCUCCACGCAAUUUCUGUAUCGAGUCCAAUACAGUCUUUUAUGUAGAAAAGUGAAGGUAUCCACCAAGCAUUUCAAUGCGGUCUCGGCCUUUGCUUGGAAUAAGAUUACCACCAAACAUCACCAGAGCAUAUAUAGUCUGAUAUAUUGGUGGAAUCUCUUAUGUAUAUGCUACUGGUUUUGACCUUUUCACUGUAGACCAUGUAUGGAACAGGGAAAAUAUGAACGCCGGCAUUGACUGAAGCUGGAUGAAUGUCAACUUUCCCAACUUCUUUAGUGUAGAAUGCUGUUCACUUCCCUUGUCUUUUGCACUGCACAACAUUUGGGUAAAGUCCAGCACUAUGGAACAUACCAUCUCCAAACCAUCACUGUAUUGGUUAUACAUAUGCCUUGGGACCUUGUGAUUUAUCUACUAAACCAAUGCCUGACAGUAAACCUAGAAACUGAUUUCUCGUAUCUCCCAUCAUUUGCAUGGUUACUGGUGACAGAAAAUUCUCCCAACAGAGAUUUCCGUCCUUUCUAUUACAUUUAGCAUCUUUCCAUCCUUCAAAUGCUUUAAGUUGCAAAUAGGAAAAAUAGAAUUUAAAUAAUUAGUCACUAAUUAUUAGAUAAAUUAAGCCUAACAACUAAAUCACUUAGUUGAGAUGAUCUUUUUAUUUGUAAUUUAAUUUUUUUGCUAUUCCAAUUGGCAGAAAGAGAAAGAAGAAAGAAAUGAAGUUGGGGAAAGAGGAAAGAAAUUGUAAUUUUUGCAUCAAAAUAUUAACUACUAAUUUUUAGUCUACCUUCUUACAAUCACUUGCAGAAAAAUGAUAUCCAACAUAAUACUUUGCCAACUAGAUAGCACUAUGACGGUCGGAGUCGUGUAUUUGAUACUUGCUUUAAUUCUUUGCCAACUGAAAUACUGAAUAGCACUCCGGCUGUCACAAGGUAUUUGAUUGUGCUUUUGAUAAGUUCAUAGUUGAAGCUAUAUUGCUUCCCUUACCAUCUCCUUGAUUGCAUAUAUACUCAGCUUCUAUGGUAGAUAAAGUAAUUGUUGCCGGUAACGUGUUAGUAUAGGUUAUUGCAGACUAAUUGUUUUCUCGUUGUAAUAUGUUGUACACAGUUCUUUGUCAAUAUAAUGUCAAUUUAAGAAACAUUUUUUUUAGUCAUGUUCAUCAUAUGCUUCACAUGUAAGUUUCGCUAAGGUCCCGAGAUGCUAAAAUCAGCCAAAUUGAAAUUUUAAAAUUAAAAAAUUAUGCGAUUGUGCAUCUCAUUGCUACUAUGCAUGGACCCCAUGUAUUCAAAAUGAGUCAAUUGAACUGAUUAGAGAUACCAACUUUUCGAUGCAAUCUGGCUAAUGAAGAUGAUAUGAACAUUUUCAAU